CUUAAAUAGCCAAGACAUGGCGUUCGUGUGUCCGAGGAAACACAUAAAUGUGAAGAAACAACUUGGGAUGGUUUCCAAAAAGCGGGAUAUUCCUAUGCAGAAACAAAAGUCAUUGAAAAGAAAUUUACCAAGCCCGUAAAUACCUUUGAACACAUAUUUUGGGACAAUUUUGACAGGAUCGGACGAGGCUUUAGAUUUGACUUGUUUAUGUCUAGUCCAAGCGCAAUGCAUCGUUAUAUGUCGUUCGCCAGUGUCAUUUAUGUCCAGUUUGAAAAUUGGUGGCAAACACUCACUGUCCAUGCCUUCGCUCAGAGUGAAUCGAACGUGCUAAUACACGAAUUUGAUAAACGAGGUGGCUAUUAUAGUGAUGUGCUUAUGGACUUGCCAACUGCAAAAUCAGCAGGAAGCAUCUUAAAAUUGUCAAUCCUUGCACAAGGUGAAUCUCUGAAGGUUAUGUUGGACAACAAAGAAGUCUUCACACGCCGGUUGGAAAUCAUUAACACUAACAGCUUGCAUCAAUUUAGUGUGAAAAUUUACCACAAUCCUUUAGGAAAAACGGAACUCCUGUUUCAUGGUUAUUGUUUAAAAAUCGAGUAAUGUCUGAAAAUAAAGCCGACAAGCACUCCCAUUGGGCGGUGACGAGACUAGCCGAUACAUGUCAGAUAAUUACCGUAUUCUAUCAUAUUUGAAACUCUUAACCACAAUAAAUCAAUUUAUAUGGGAACCAAUGUCAUUGCUUCUGUACCUAUUUUCUUACAAUAACGAACAAACUAGAAAUCAGAUAUAUGUGCGAGGGAUGAAUUCAAUUAAAAUUUGCAAAUUAAGAUAUUCGUAUUAAAACAUUAAAUAUUUACGCAGAUGUGUACAUACGCGGUCAUUAUGGUACUUUUAAUAUGUCACGUGUGUGUCAUUCUAUGAAAAGCGACGUUUGAUCCCUAAGUAAGAGAAUGGAUGUGCCCUAAACGAGAACACAAUAGAUGGAACAUAAAUAAAAAAAUAAAAUGGGCAACAGUGGUUGUGACGCUUGCAUAUCACAGAUAAGACGUCAAAAGACAAUUUAAAAAACAUCAGGCAGAAUAUACUUAGGCUGAAUAUUAAGUAUUUAAGUGGGAAUAGGGAAUAUUGGAACAACCCAACUAGUUAAAACCCUAAAAGAAGAAAUUUUUGUUAAAAUUUAGUUUACUGUUUAGCAUAUUAAAAGAUUUUCUACAUACCUAUACAUUUUAUUCCUUAAUACAUGCGAGUAGCAGCGCAUAAAAGGAUCACUGGUCAUACAAACCGUAUGUUAGUGACAAUAUGGAAGCACCUGACUGCUCUACUUUGGUAGUUUUCAUCUUCCAUUGGCUGAAUGAUGAGCUUCGUUGGUGAAUGUUAUUUUUUUUUAGUUUUUUAUUUCCUUUGUUAAGCAAAAUAUAAUGUAUUACUAACUAACUAAUUGUAAUUUUCUAAUUAAAAAAACAACAAUUUUGUAACAUACGUGAUACGUGGUAGUGUACUGUAUUUGUUUUUACGAAUGUCGCACCAUAGCCGACUUGUCUACGAGUUCUGUUGAAUUACAUGUAUUUCGGAAAUUGAUUUUUAUGUAUAACUGCAUUUUACCUUUACCUAUUUUUGAUGAUCAGAAAUACUGGUAAAUAUCAAAAGUACUGUUAUAUGUUUGUAGAUUACAAAUAGAGAAAAAUUAGACUGAACAUAGAAUCAAUGAUUAUUUUAAAGCCUGUCAAUUUUCUUUCUUAUACUUUGUUUCUGAUAGAUAUAUUUAUUUGUAUCUUAUGUUUUACAUGUACUCUUAGAUAAUGGCUGGGAAACAAGCAUCAACUAAAACCGCCUCUGGCGUUCUUGUGUCGCAUGAUUGUUGAAUUCAUGCACAAUAUAAACGACUGACAAAUGUAUGCAUAAGUUUUUGUAUCUUUUAAUAGUUAAUGACCCUGCUUCAAUAGAAAAACUAUCAGUGUUUUAAACCUUCUUAGAUAUAAC